AUGAAGAAACCGGAUUUCAUAGACGAGUUCGUGCUCAAGGGGAUGAUUUUGACCUGGGCGUCGACUAUACUCCUAUCCUUUUUCCACAUACUCACAACCUUCAAGUUGACGCAGCUUUCCUGCGAAAGGAGCCUGAUUAACUACAACGCAACGUGUGCAGCCACGAUUUUGCUCUUCGGAUCAGUGGCGUGUGUGUCCACGUCACUCGGGAUUCCAGUGAAAAUAUUAUCGCAAAUACUCCAGAGAGUGAGUUUCAACACAAUCAAGGACAACGACCAGGCCGACCUACUCUCAGUAUCAGGAGUCAUCAUUUUUGCAAUACUGUCAGCCUUAAUGCCGCUCACAGGAUUCUUUAAGGUUAUGGCAGCAAGCAGGUGUAGACACCUGAAGUCCCCUUACUUCCUCUCAACCGUGGGACUUAACUGCCUGGACAUUUUUUUUAUCGCCUCCGUAACCUGGGUUUUGAUGCGGAGAAAGGACCUGGAGCUGUUUCGUAACAACGUGGAACGCAUCGAAGUUGGACCCAGACUAAAAAAACACUAA